CAUUCAUAUCCGCCUUACGACCGGGGAUUAUUCAUAACAAGAAAAUGGUUCGAAGAAAAAACAAAAAAAUGUGUUAGUAAGAACAGAUCUGAUCUCAAGGAAAAGUCAUAAUGUUCAAGAUGGCUUGUAAAGGAAAACUUAUUAAUAAAGCGUUAUAUACGACGCUUAUGGUUGUGAUUUGUCUUCAGUUGCUCAGCACACUGGAAAGACAAGUGUUUGAUUUUCUAGGGUAUAUGUGGGCACCCAUUAUUGCCAACACAGUUCAGAUCAUCUGUUGCAUUUUAGGAAUUUUUGGAACAUAUCAGAUGAAAGCACAGUUUGUAGUAGUGUAUUCAACAUGGUCAUUAAUGUGGUUAGGAUGGAAUAUAUUUGUCAUUUGUCUGUACUUAGAAGUUGGUGUUCUAAAUAGAAACAGAGAUCUGUUUAUAUUAACCAUUGGAACAAAGAACAAGAGUUGGUGGUUAGAGCAUGGAAUCGGAUGUAAGAUCACUAAUGACACGUGGAUGAGUGAUAAUCCGGUGAAGACGAGUCGGCUUAUCCCCCCAGAGGAGGCGGUAGAGGGAUGUCUCCUGGAUUAUUACUAUGUGGAGGUCAUCCACGCAGGCGUCCAGUGUCUGUUAGCCUUGAUUGGGUUCACUUCAUCAUGUGUCAGCAUAUCUGCAUUUAAUGAAGAAGAAGAAAGUUGUAGAGAAAAAUAUCUUUACAAACCUGCACCAAGUCAAAAAUGUGUCACAGAAAACACAGGAAAAUCUUCAUCUUCAGCAAAUGAUGAACUAGAGUUUGUUAAAAUGUAUUCCAAUUCCUCUCCCUCCAGACGUCGAUAUCAAAGUAAUGACAAUGUAACGCUAUCGUAUGACAACCACGGUAGUGAGUUCCCCACGCUAGACCGACCACCCAGCUAUGAGACCAGCAUGAGAGAGAGCACCGUUGUGAAUGACAUUUACGGCGCCGAUCGGCGCAGUGUUCGAAGUUUACGCAGCGUCAGAAGCAAAGCUAGUAAUAAAUCCAAAACAAAAAGCGAGAGACGAGAAGAGCUACCCUGGGUACAGAUUACGCCAUCAUCAAGCAACGUAGAUCAGCCAUUCCGGCAUUACCCCUAGUUAUUCCGUAGAUAUUGUAAAUCACUGGUUCUGUGUUCAGUCCUUUGAUGCUUAUAUUUUGUAAUAUUUAUAAUGUUAUACCAUCAUUUUAGGUGCAUUAUUGUCAAUCCAUAUAAGGAAAAUUAUUUUACAUGAAUGCAUGUUUAGGGAAGUCUGAUGCUGAUGCAUACUGAUUGUAUGAAGACUGAAAGACUGCAAUAGCUGCGGAUUUUGUACUCAAUAAUGAUACUAGCAUGUAUAUGUUUUUGUGAAAUGGAUAUUUAUGUGAAUUGCAUUUGGGACUUAAAUUGACUGGGAUUCUGUGAGAAUUUUUCCCACUCACUUUAAAAUUGUUUGUCUGGUGGGGAAACAUUUUGAUUGUACUUUGAUUGACUCUUGGAGGGGAAGAGCUCAAUAUGGAAACACUUUAAUGGUCAGACGUUGAACAUUUAAAUGUAGUCAAAUAUUUUUGGAUCCUGUUAAUUAUCAAGCUUAUACAUGUAUUUAUUGUUAUCAUCAAACAUCAGUACCCUGUUAUGGGGAGAUAACUCUAAACGGUGCAAUGGAAAAAACGCAGCCAACAUUAUCAUCACUGAACAAAUCUGGUGGAAACAGUUAACUUUAAUUUAAUGAACUCGUGCUUCAAGAUGUUAUUAACGAAGUGUGUAGCAUUUUACUUAUAAAAUAUACAGAAAAAUUACAGCUACAUACCAGUAUGUUAUUUGUUGUUUUGAUGGUCUCUAUGUAAUUCAAGUCAGUGUUUUGCCAAUGUUCCUCCUUUUAUUUGUACAUGUUCAUAUUAUACAUGUUUAAAUUAGAUCUGAUUGUUUAAUCUGAUGUAUUGAUAAAUUAAGAGCCGAGUUUUAAAACAAAUUUGUGUGACCUUCAAAUUUUUGAAGGAUAAAAUAAAAAUCAUAGCAGGUUUUAAGAAAAUGAAGAGCAAAGAGAAUAUGGCUUUUUCUUCAAGAUAAAACUACAAAAUGAUGGCAUGUAAAAAUAAAAGAAAUAAGACUGUACUUAUUUUGUUAAAUAUGAACAAUUAAUAUCUCAGCUGUGCCAUGAAGAGAUUGUGAUGAAAGUGGCUUAUACUGUGUGCAAAUUGUAGAUUUUUUUAACUAAGAUAAAAUAUAUAUGUGUGUUUGGAAUGAUUGUGAAUGUGUGUUUCUGUUUGUUUGUGGCUGUUCUCUAUGUUCACUGAUCAAAAGUAUGAACUUGUAUGUAAUUAAGUUAAUAGAUUUACAUAGCUUUUAAUUUGUUCACUUGUCACCUAGCUUUAAAUGAAAAGUAAAACUUGCCUGUAAAUAAGCCUUGUGUAUACUGUAUACAGGGAUAUUUUUGCCCUUUAUUAUUUCACCCUUUCUAACAUGCAAACAAUCCCCCCCCCCAACCCUUUUUUUAAAUUUGCCCAGACACAAAUGGGUUAAAAAUCUAAUUUUGUCUUUUUUGAAUUCACUGUGUUUUAGAUUUGACAACUGGAAAUAAGCACAAAAGAGACAAAAACUAGAGUGGGAGCAUCAUAUUCCUUGUAUACAGUAUUUGUUACAAGAAUAUACCAGUGUAUAAAUCCUUAGUUUGUUUUUCUGGUUAAACAGGGUUUGUGAGAAAACUGACAAAUGUCUAAUAACAAUUUUACCACAGAAGUAAAAAAAAAAAUAUUAUUUCAUUCUUUGUUUUUAGAAGAUGGAAAUACAAUUUCCUCUUUGUAGAUAUAAACUUUUGUUGAAUAAAAUAUUAUCUAGUUACACCAGCAGAAAAAAAAAACAUUGCAUAAACUUAUCUGUAUAUUUGGAGAAGUGUCCAGUGCAUCUACCUCCAUUUUUUAUUAUUUAUUAGACACAGUUGUCUUUUAUUUUAGAAUGAUAGGUGGAAGAAUAAUUAUGUACCCAUAGUUGGAUAAGCAUGAGGUAUUUAGUCUUUUACUUGUCACAGUGAGUAAUCAACAAGACCACCUGGGGGUAUCUGAUGAUGUUAUGUACCCAGACUCUGAUUUUAUUCAUGAAAGCAUGUCAAUAUGGGGUCCAAUUUCAUUAUCACAUUUUCAUUUUAUUUAUUUGUUUAAUUAAAACUUUCUUGUUCCUUUCUUGUAAUGGUUUGAUGAAAAAUUUGAAAAAGAUGAUGUAUAUCAUUUAUAAUUUUUUUCAGAUUUAAGCUUUUUCCUAUUUUGGGCCAAAUAGGUCUGUAUAUAUACAUACAGCUAGUUUUAAAACUGUGUUCCUUGUUUAAUAAUGCUUUAAGUAUUAUGAUAGUGCUAAUUAUGCACAUUUCUGUAGAUUUGUUAUUGGUCAAUUAUGUGUUUGUUAAAAUAAACACAGAUUUUAUCAUAUUUUG